AUGCCAGACGGGACGUUAGCUGGAGUCUACGUUCAGUUGCCAGAGGCUGACCCAUCCUUUCGUUUUCUUGGGGCUAUUGGCACAGAAAAGCAGAGCGCCAUCUUCAGAGUCAAGGAAACUGGACCAGCUUUAGAAGACGCCACAACUGGGAUGGCUGGCAAUUCAGAUAUGCUUGGGCAUCAAGCAGCGAGCAGCACAGUCACUGUUGGUAUAUCCAUUGAACCAGCCACAAGUCUGAAUCAGCAGCUACAAGAGCUCAAGGCUUCCCAAGCUUCUAAGACGCCUGGCAACCCGGCAAGGCUUUUCAAUCCGCCAAUUGUUCCGCCAUUAUCAACGAAAGUUCUUGCUCAGCGAAUUAUCAAGAACGCCUUUAAUUUUUUAGCAAGUCUGGCAGGAUCUGUUGGCCCCGGUGGUGUUGAAGUCGUCCCCUUGAAGAGCUUCCAAGACUGGUGGUCGAAGUUUGAGCGUAGGAUCGAGCACGACCCUGGAUUCUUGGAGAGGGAGGAUGGCUGA